AUGAGUCACAGCUCAGCACCUGUCCCUGACCUCAGACCUGUCCCUGACCUCAGACCUGUCGCUGACCUCAGACCUGUCCUGACCUCAGACCUGUCCCUGACCUCAGACCUGUCCCUGACCUCAGACCUGUCCCUGACCUCAGACCUGUCCCUGACCUCAGACCUACCUGUCCUGACCUCAGACCUGUCGCUGACCUCAGACCUGUCCCUGACCUCAGACCUGUCGCUGACCUCAGACCUGUCGCUGACCUCAGACCUGUCCCUGACCUCAGACCUGUCCCUGACCUCAGACCCACCUGUCCCUGACCUCAGACCUGUCCUGACCUCAGACCUGUCCCUGACCUCAGACCUGUCCCUGACCUCAGACCUGUCCCUGACCUCAGACCUGUCCCUGACCUCAGACCUGUCCCUGACCUCAGACCUACCUGUCCUGACCUCAGACCUGUCCCUGACCUCAGACCUGUCCCUGACCUCAGACCUGUCCCUGACCUCAGACCUGUCCCUGACCUCAGACCUGUCCCUGACCUCAGACCCGUCCCUGACCUCAGACCUACCUGUCCCUGACCUCAGACCUGUCCCUGACCUCAGACCUGUCCCUGACCUCAGACCUGUCCUGACCUCAGACCUGUCCCUGACCUCAGACCUGUUCCUGACCUCAGACCUGUCCCUGACCUCAGACCUACCCGUCCCUGACCUCAGACCUGUCCCUGACCUCAGACCUGUCCUGACCUCAGACCUGUCCCUGACCUCAGACCUGUCCCUGACCUCAGACCUGUCCCUGACCUCAGACCUACCUGUCCUGACCUCAGACCCGUCCCUGACCUCAGACCUGUCCCUGACCUCAGACCCGUCCCUGACCUCAGACCUACCUGUCCCUGACCUCAGACCUGUCCCUGACCUCAGACCUGUCCUGACCUCAGACCUGUCCCUGACCUCAGACCUGUCGCUGACCUCAGACCUGUCCUGA